AUGAGAGCUUCUGAUCAACAAGGAAUAAGUCGUGACCAAAUGAUGAGCAUUCUUUUUAAAGCAUCAACAAAUGGAGAUUUGUUGACUUUGCGUUCUGUGAUUAAACAAGACUCACAAAUCCUAAACAGAAUUUCACUCACAGACCUCCAUGAAACUCCAUUACACAUAUCAUCUUCUUGUGGUCAUCUUGACUUCACCAAGGAACUCCUCAGUCUCAAGCCCACCCUAGUCACUCAGUUGGACUACUCCAAUAGGACAGCCCUCCAUGUGGCUUCUGCUGAGGGCCACAUCGACAUUGUGAAGGAACUUCUCAAAAUAAACAAAGAUCCAUGCUUGUUUCGUGAUGAAAAAGGAAGAAUACCGUUGUACUAUGCAGUUAUGAGGGGGAGAUUAGAGGUUGUGAGAGAAUUGAUCAGAGCCAAGUCAGAGUCUCUAAGUGUUCGUGUCAAAGGGGAGACUAUUUUUCACGUAUGUGUUAAGUACAACAAUCUUGAAACUUUGAAGGCCUUAAUAGAAGCAGAGCUUGACAUUACUGAUGAUCGGCAUCUCAACUUUACUAGUGUCGAUGGCACCCUCAACACCAUUCUUCAUUUAGCUGUCAUGUUAAAGCAAGUUGAGACGACAAGUUACCUCCUCUCAGUAUCUGAAAUAAGGCAAGUAGUCGGGUUGAAGAACAAGUUGGGUUUAACAGCCUAUGAUAUACUGGAGCAUGUUCCGAAAGAAUUGGAGAUAUAUGAAAUACGAGAUAUGUUGAAAGCAACGGAUCAUCCAAUAUCAUCACCAACCACCGAAAUCAGAGGUAUUGAAGAGAGCCAUGUUGUGGAAGGUCUUCCUCAGCCCGCGACACAAAAAACUACUCAGCCCAAGGGUUGGAGAAACAUUUUAGGUUUUAUGACACGUAUGUUAAAUCAUAACAACCCUAAUUGGUUGGACGAGAUGAGAGGAAAUUUGAGUCUAGUGGCCACAGUGAUCUCAACUAUAACCUUUCAAGCGUUAAUUAACCCUCCUGGUGGCUUUGUUCAACAGAGUAUAUUGAAAGAGGAUCCCUUCAAAUGCAUAGACAACGAUGAGGGGGAAAGUAUAUGCCCUGGCGACGCAAUAUCAGCUGUUACAUACUCAGAUUUAUUUCAUCCUUACCUGAAGUACAAUACCAUCUGUUUUAUUGGAUCUCUAUGUGUCAUCCUCUUAGUUGUUAGUGGGGUUCCUUUGAAGCAUAGAGUUGUGGUAUGGGUGUUAUCUAUUGCCAUGUGCAUUACUCUCACGUUCUUAUCGCUUACUUAUCUUCAAGGACUCUACCUGGUGACUCCAGAUGGUGAACUUUUUAAAUCAGCGAACAAACUGUUUAGAGCAUCUCUUUACUGUUGGAUUGGGUUUCUCUCGUUUGUCGCUUUGUUCUUCACCUUGUGUUUUGUGUUUGGGCCUGUGAAAAGGGCAAAGAAUAAGCUCAAUCGUCAGAUAUAA